ACCGCCGGCCCGGCCCGUCAGUCUUGCUUGGCGGGCGCACGGAGCAACACCUAGGUCCGUCCGUCCGUGCCGCCUGCUCGCCCGCUGCAGCCUCGCGAGCUCGCACGCGCGUGACACAACGCUGGACCACUCGGGUCGAGUAGCCCUUGGCCUUGCGAGCCGGCACCCAGCAGCACCCUCCUCCUCCCGAACCGCGUCUUUUCCACCACCCAUAUUUGGAUCCCCGGCCCGACCCCCGCCCCCCUCAAGCAGUGCAGUGAGUAGCCAGUGAUGCGCGCGUGAGCGAGUGCCAAGACAUGCCUGGAUACGCAUGCACCCUCGCCCCCGCCCCCGCGUCCACCGUCCUCUGCAGCGAGGCCCACCUCGAGGCCCGCCGCCGCCGAGCUCUCCACACCACACACCACCACUCGUCGCCAGGACCGCCGCCGGCGAAGCGACCAGGCCGGCAGCAGCGUCAGCGAAAUGCCCAGGGACCGCUUGAAAGCCCUGCAGGCGGUGUCGAGUUCCUACGAGGAGCAGCGGCUCAACACCCUCCCGCCUGGACUCCAGAGCCAUGCCGUCAACAUGGGCACCCUGGGGCCGCGCGCCGAGCCCGGCGUCAACCCGGCCUUCAGUGUGGACGAAGAGUCUGACGCCAUGGACGCCUUCUUCAAGCAGGUGGAGGAGGCGCGCGAGCUCACCCGGGGCGUCAAGGACCACGUCAAGGAGAUGCGUCGCCUCCACAGCCAGGUGCUGUCGUCUCCAAGGCCCGACCAGAGCAUCAAAGAGGAGCUGGAAAGGCGGUCAGCGGAUGUUAAAUCGGCAGUGAAGAAGGUCACCCACAUACUGAAAGCUCUGGAACGGGGCCUGGAGGCGGACAGCACGGCGGGUGGCAGCUCGGCCGCGCAGAGAAUACGGCGGACGCAGCACUCCACCUGCCUGCACCUGCUGGUCGAGGCCCUCACCGAGUUCAACGCCGAGCAGGAGGACUACAAGAACAAGUGCGAGGAGCGCAUCAAGAGGGUCAUUUGCAUAGCUAAGGUGGAGGUGAGCGAUGAGAAGCUGGAGAACCUGAUGGAGACGGGCAACUUCGGCUCCAUUUUCAACGGCGACAUCAUCACGGAGACGCUGGAAGCCAGGCAGGCGCUGGAGGACGUGACGGCGCGCCACCAGGAGAUCAUCAAGCUGGAGCGCUCCAUCCGGGACCUGCGCGACAUGUUCGUGGAGAUGUCGCUGCUGGUGGAGCGGCAGGGCGACAUGAUCAACAACAUCGAGCGGCAGGUGCAGCAGACCCGCGACCACGUGGAGACAGCCAACGUGGUGGCCAAGAAAGCUAUCAAGUACCAGAGCAAGUUUAAGAAGAAACGGAUAAUCCUGUACGCCAUCCUGGCUGUCAUCUUGGUCAUCCUUGUGACAGUUAUUAUCCUGCAGUUUGUCCCGACCACCGGGUCCAACAACAACAAUUCUAAUAACAACAACAACAACAACAGGAGCUUACAGAGCGCUGCAACGACAACCGCUGCAACCACCACUUCCACCGCAACCAUCACUACCACCACAGCCGUUCCACCUACCACGGCGCUUCUACCCAACCAACUCGAGACCGAGACACCCUCACUGUAGAUAUAGGCACGACUGACUACACAAGAAGUCGACAAAAAAUGUUGAGGGACACGAAUUAGCCUUCUACAAUUCAAAUUGAAUUAUGUUUGAAGGCCCCACAAUUUUACUUGAAGAAUUUUUUUGUGCUUUCUUUUUGUUUGAAAGUUACCAUGAGUCCUUUAGUUUGAGUUCGAGACUUUAGUUCUUGCGUUUUUGAUGCCCCCAAUAGAUUCAGAUUUGUCCAAAUUACCUCAAAGUGACAUCAUUGUCUGAAACACGCGGAUUUCCAUAAACUGAUGUCAAUGCCGCAUCAUUUGACAUCAUUUUGAUAUCAUUUGAGGCAGGUAAGAUGACUAAAUUUUGACAAUCACACCACUUUGGUGUCGUUUUGACAAAUCUCUGGCUCUUGGGUUAUUAAUUAAUUCACAUUACUGUUAGCCCACCCUCAGGUGUAUCAUGGGACCAAUAUUGCCACCUACGAAGCGCGCGGUUUUGCGUAGACCUGAGCUAGUUUUCUUUCAAAAAAAGCGUCAGUUCGGAAAAUUAUUCAAUAAUGUCCAACUAUGAAUAAUAUGCCAUUGUCAUAUUGCCAUCAUGUUGGCGUCCAAGUGAUGCGUUUUCAGCCUACGUUUUGGCCUAAUGACGUCCAGGACGUCAAAUGAUGCCCUCGUGACGUUUUAGUGUUGACUGUGUUUUUAUAUAAGCGAAAAGAAACUGAAAGAAACUCGUUACUUUGACAUCCGCUGUCCGAUUACGGCAGACUAUCAGUUACAAAUUUUAUUUCGUGAUAUUUCAUAGUUUUGUGAUUCUAGAUUUAAUUAUGUGAUAGAUAAACUUGUAAAACAUGCGCAGUCUGCUAAACUUGUACAGAAAACAUGUAAAUAAUAUUUGAAACUCCUAAAAUGGUUCCAAAAAAGGGGUCCAUCACUUGUACCUCAAUGCUUUCCUAAUUUUGGGCUUGCUGUACAAGACUUAGCUUAAGUCACUCCUUGUUAGAAAUGUUAGUACUUAUUUUAUUUUGUAUUAAUGGAUUAGUGCCUUUACUGGAACUGAUCUACUUUGUAUGUCUGACAAUCUAGUCACUCUACUCAUCACGAGUAAUACAUUUUAAAAAGUGUGCCGUC